AUGGAACAAGAAAAAACCAGAGAAUCCGACGAGGCUUACAGAAUCCGUCAAGCCAACUCGGUGAAGAUUGCAAAGAUUGUUGCAUUUACAGUCAUUUUGUCGUCUUUUAUCUUGGGAUCAUUUAUGCUUGCAUCAACUUAUCUCCAGGCGAAAGCAACCUGUGAUCAAGUUUCUGCAUUAGAUGCCAUCUUAGAUAAGGAGUUGAUGUUGGAGACCAUGCAACAGGACUUACCAAAUCCCGAAGCUUUAAUGUCACGUGAAGUCAAUGAAAAUACCAACGUGAUGCAAGAUUUGAGCAAAGAUGAAAUGCACAAACCAAACAAAAAGGAUGAAACAAAUCCCGAUGAUGUCGAGACAAUCGACGUUGAUAACAACGAAGAUGAAGACGAAUUAAAUGACAUCGACAGUGACAUGAAACGCGUUCACAUUAAAUUGCCUUUGGAUUUCGAUCUUAGCGAAUUGGCACACAAUAUUUUAAUGAACAAUCAAAAAUCUCGCAUGAACUGCGUCGUUGAACGUCGUCGCACUGAAGAACUCGAGGAACCAAAGCCCAUGAAUCCGUUCAAUGUUUUCAUGAAUGAACCAAAGAAAGAAAAGGUCACUGGAGAACGCAUCGCAAUUUUCUGUGAAACCGGAGCACCAAAAGAGCCAGAGCCAAUCGUUCAAAUCCGCAGAAUUGUAAUGCCAUUCCCAUUCGCUGGCCCAAUGAAUAGAUUUGCACCUCAAAUGGGUCCACAGAUGGGACCACAAUUCCACCCACCAAUGAACCAACCUCCUUUCCCUCCCCAAUUCCCACCUCAAGUUCCACAAUUCAUGGCACAAAAUCAAGUCAACAUGCCAUCACACAUGAACAUGCCACCACAAAGAAUGAACUUCCAAGGCCCAACUCCUCCCCAACAAAUGGACUUCCAAGGUCCACCACCUCAAAGAAUGAACUUCCAAGGCCCACCUCCACCCCAGCAAAUGAACUUCCAGGGUCCACCUCCACCUCAACAAAUGAACUUCCAAGGUCCACCACCAAACUUUCAACCCCAAAUGAGAAUUCCUUUCCCUCCUCAAAACAUUCAAUUCACCCAACAGCAACUUCCAUCUGUGCCAGCUCAAAUGAUGACACCACCACGUCCAGAAGUUCCACAAUUCCGUCUCAUUAAUCCAGCACCACAACAAUUACCAAAUCUUGAACGUCAACAAUCAUCAGAAGAAGAAAGUGAACAACCAAUGCCAAUUCCAGAAGUUCGCAUUCAUUUACGUCGCAUUCACAUGCCAGCAUCAAUCGGAGAUAUUUUCCCAUUUUUGAAUAGCAUUCAGAAUGGUGACAUUGAAGGACCCAAAGAAAUUGAAGCUCCACGACAAAAUGUCCAAGUUCAGCAAAUGCCUUUGGCUGUUGCACUUUCCAAAGUUGGAAUCACACCAGAAGAUUUGAGAAACAUUCAAGAAAUGGCUGAAAGAAAAUUCCAAGAACAUAUUCGUGAAAUGGUUGAAGACAACGACUCUGAAUCUGAAUCAACAUCGGAAGAAGAUUCUGAUAGUGGCAUGCAAACAGCAACACCAGAACAAGAUUCAUCGGAAAUGAAAGAAAAGGUUGAGGAACUUAGUGAAGCUUCAUCACAACAAGAGCAAUCUGACGAAGAAAAACCUCAAAUAUUGGCUUUGGGACGUUCAAACUUUGGACGUAGUUUGAAUCCAGUUCAACUUCCCAGCCACAUGACUGACAAUUCUGAAAUCCAAGAAGCUGAACGAGCUGACUUUGUCCAUCCAAGAUAAAUUCAGCAAAGUCUCCAACAACCACUCAAUCCGACCUACGAUUGAGAUUUUUUCCAACAAUUUUUCUCUUUACCCAAAAAAACACAAAAAAUUUCAAACUUUUUAAAAUAUUAAUUAAAUGAUUGGAAGAAAUGAUGAAGAUGAAGUUGCUGAUGAAAAACAAAUGAAAGAAAAUUUAAUUUAUGAAGAUGAAAAGAUUUUUUAAUCUUAUCAGUAAAAAUUGUGAUGAAUAAAGAAAAUAUUUAAUAAACGAGGUAAAAAUAUACUUAAAAGAAAUAUUCACGAGUUCCAAAAUAUCUCUGCAAGUAUUAGAAUGUUGAGAAUGUCGUGGGAGUUACUCCUACAAUCGUGUUAAAUCGUAUGAUAAUAAAUGUUGAAUGAUUUUUAAUGUAAAUCUGUUAAUCUAAUGGUGAAUAAAAAAAGUUUAUUUCCUUACAAAUUUCAAAUC